AUGGGAGAAUUACAUUUAGACAUAAUAAAAGACAGGAUCUUGAAAGAAUACAAAGUCGAAGUGGAUUUUGGUCGGUUGCAAAUAGCUUACAGGGAAAUUCCAUUUCAUAAAUUAACAGACACACAAAAUAUCGAAACUAAAAUAAGUUCCAGUAAGCAAUCCAUAACAGUCAAAUUGACAGUGGAACCGGUGGAACCUCCGACUAAAAUGAAAGAUGUGUUAAAGCUAGAUAAAUCUCCCGAAUAUGCCAGUAAUAUAGCCAGCAUAUUCCCUAAACAUUUAGUGGCCGUCAAGCAGGGCAUAGAGGUGGGGCUUGCUCACGGUCCUAAAAUUAGCUGCCCCGUAGUUAACACGCAAGUGACGUUACAUUUGUUGCAACUCGGAAAAGGUACUUCUGAUACUGUUAUAGCAGCUACUGUUACGCAGCUGGUUCAGAAGAUGCUUAGGGAGAUUGGUACCAGCAUAAUGGAACCAAUAAUGAAUCUAGAGAUUGUCACUCCCGCUGAGCACCUUUCUAUCGUUAUGGCCGAUUUGACUAGAAGACGAGCUAUUAUUAGCAAUGUGGGCGUGAGAGGCAACUCCAAGCUCGUCAUUUCUAAAGCUCCAUUGUCUGAGCUCAAGGGAUAUUCGACUAUUUUGAGAACAUUGUCUUCCGGAACUGCCACUUUUACCAUGGAAUUGGGCGAGUACGUCAAAAUGGCGCCGGCUAUGGAAUCUAUAGCUAUAAAGAACGUUAGGGGGUUUUAAUUUUUGUUGUUGAAGUUUCAGUAGGUAGUUUGCUUUUAUACAGUCUGUGAUAACCUUGUUUAGGUGUACAAAUAUUUUCUUAAAUAAAAUUGUUUUAAAAAGA